AUGAGGCUUGAACACCAAAGUGGCGACGCCAAUUACAGCAUGGAGAAGGAGAAGCUGAUUACUACACCCCUGCUGACGUCAUCUUCCGAAACUCAUGUCCGAAAUGAUGACGACAACAAUAACGACGAUGACGACGACCGUCUCGUGGCCUUUGAUUUCUUUACCGACGAGAGAUUAACGGCGGACAGCAAGAAGAAGAAGCCGUUGCGCGAAUAUUCCGGCAAGGAAUUUGGAUAUUCCGGCGAGGAGGAGGAGGAGGAGGAGGGGGGCGUCGAUUUGCGCAUAGGUCUCCCCGAUUACGAGAGAAGGUCGAAGGAGGAUGGAGAUGAGAGAUCAUUAAUGUUGCAGCCGUAUUGGAUUCCGACGCCGGCGCAGAUUCUGGUCGGAUUCACAAAUUUUUCUUGCCAUAUCUGCAAGAAGACCUUCAACCGUUACAACAAUCUCCAGAUAUAA